AUUCUGCCAGGAAUUUUGGGGGAGGUGGCCUUUGCUGGUCUGCCUCAGGCGGCCAAAUUUCUCGGGCUGGCCCGGCUUAGAGCCUGAAAUGGCUGCUGCUCCUUAACGAUAAAAGCCGGAAGGGACACAGCUAGCAGGAUUUCAUGGGGAGGCAGACUAGCCUAGGCUGCAGGUCCUGGCAGGGUUUUGGUGGAAACUUUACUUAUUAGUGUGCAUUUAGUGUGGGACCUUGUGCAUCCUCCUCUUCCAUGGGGAAAAAGGAUCUUCCCUUGAGGGAACCCGCUCUCGCAAGGGGUGAACAAGUUUAAGCCAAUCUGCAGUCUUUUCACACAAUCCAGUUUCUCACCAUGGGCAACGUCCUGGCUGCCAGCUCCCCGGCGCCCCCUUCUACAGUGCCCGGACCAGGUUCGGGCCUAGUGUCGGUGCCCCCUGGCUUCUCCAUGCCCCCUGUCAGUGGUCUGGUUCCCCCGGCGCAAGAUCGCCCCUCAGAAGACAAGUGUGGCCAGCUUCCCAACCCAGGCACGUUUGAGGAGUGUCACCGGAAAUGCAAAGAGCUAUUCCCCAUCCAGAUGGAGGGGGUGAAGUUGACGGUGAACAAAGGUCUCAGCAAUCACUUCCAGGUCAAUCACACAGUGGCCCUCAGCACAGUCGGUGACUCCAAUUACCACUUCGGGGUGACCUAUGUAGGGACAAAACAGCUUAGCCCCACAGAGGCGUUUCCUGUGCUGGUGGGUGACAUGGACAACAGUGGUAGUCUCAAUGCACAGAUAAUUCACCAGCUCACAAACAAAGUUCGCUCCAAGGUGGCCUUUCAGACGCAACAGUCCAAGUUUGUGAACUGGCAGGUGGAUGGCGAAUACCGGGGUGCCGACUUCACAGCAGCCGUCACACUAGGAAACCCCGAUGUUUUAGUUGGCUCAGGGAUCCUGGUGGCGCAUUAUUUACAGAGCAUCACCCCGUGCCUGGCGCUCGGUGGAGAGCUGGUCUACCAUCGCCGUCCGGGAGAGGAGGGAACAGUUAUGUCACUCGCUGGGAAGUACACAGCACCUAACUGGAUCGGAACCCUGACAAUAGGGCAGGCGGGAGCACAUGCCACGUAUUACCACAAAGCCAACGAUCAGUUGCAGGUCGGAGUGGAACUCGAAGCCAGCACUCGGAUGCAGGACACAAGCGUCACGUUUGGGUACCAGCUGGACCUCCCCAAAGCCAACCUGCUCUUCAGAGGUUCCGUCGACAGCAACUGGAUCGUGGGGGCCACGUUGGAGAAGAAGCUCCUGCCGCUUCCCCUGACGUUGGCCAUGGGCGCCUUCCUUAACCACCGGAAGAACAAAUUUCAGUGUGGUUUUGGCCUUACCAUCGGCUAAGAUCCCUCCCUCAAAAACCUCCUUUCUUCUCUUCAUCUCCACUGGUUGAGUGCAGCCUGUGCCCCCCCUUUUUUUAUCCUCCCACCUGCAUCCUCCUUCGGCCAGCAGUUACCUCCAUGGGAUGCAGACGGGGAGGUCGCCCGGGGUGUAUGGGGUCGGGAGGAAUGUAUGUGGUCAAGGAGAGUUCCCUCUUGUUUCUUUUUCUGUCUCCCUCCCCCCCCCCAAAAAAAAA